UAUUCCCUGUGCAAUUGAUACACUCCCUGCACACUGUAGGCAAGACUAAAAAAUGAAGAAACACAGUGCUACCACUGCUGCUAUUGUUCUAUUCCUCUUCAUACAAGUAGCCAAUGGAAGGCAGCUCCUCCUGGCUCUAGAAGAUGAAUUCAACACCUUCAACCUGAGCCUAUGGAAGCAUGAGAUUACACUAUCAGGAGGUGGUAACUGGGAGUUCCAAGCCUACCUCAACAACCGCUCAAACAGCUAUGUGAGAGAUGGGAUACUCUACUUGAAGCCCACACUUUUGGAGGAUCAGAUUGGGUUAGCUAAUGUUAAAGGACAACCUAAUGGGUUUACUUUCAACAUUUGGGGAGGAGCACCUGCUGAUCUAUGUACACAGAAUCAAUUCUAUGGAUGUGAACGUGUGGCAGGCCCAGCUAAUGAAUGGAGAUACUUGAAUCCGAUCAAGUCUGCUAGAGUAAGGACAGCAGAAAGCUUUAAUUUCAAAUAUGGGAAAGUCGAAGUAAAGGCCAAGCUUCCAAUAGGUGAUUGGUUGUGGCCAGCUAUAUGGAUGUUACCCACUCACCAGCAGUAUGGGAUAUGGCCUUCAAGUGGAGAGAUAGACAUCAUGGAAUCAAGGGGCAAUAGUGUGGAGGAUUACCCUUUUGGAGGCUAUGAGAGUUUCGGAUCAACCCUUCACUGGGGAAUUGACUACCUCCACAAUUACUUUGAUCAGACCCACGUUACUGUAACACCAGCCGCAAACUUGACUGAAGAGUUCCAUGUGUACGGCCUUAUAUGGAACGAGACAUACAUUGGUACUUAUUUCGAUGAUGAGUCCAAUAUUGUUCUACACGUACCAAUAAACCAGUCAUUCUGGUCUAGGACCGGCCUAGAGUCUCCACCUUGGGACAAUCCUUGGAAGGACACAGAGAUGAAUGCUCCCUUUAAUCAAGAGUACUACCUCAUUAUGAAUUUAGCUGUGGGCGGAGUCACUGGGUUCUUUCCUGACGCACCCAAUAAGCCGUGGCAAAAUGGCCACUCUCAUGUAGCGAAUCAGUUUUACGAUGCUAAGGAUGAUUGGUAUCCUACUUGGGACGAUGAGAACAGUGCACUUCAGAUUGACUCAGUAAGAGUGUGGACAUACGAUGAUAGUCCUCCUGAGUCUUCUGCUGGGAUGAUGAUCUCUGCCUCUACUGCUCUUCUCAUCAUUCUGACUGCAUUGGUCCUCCUCUUUGCUGCUAACUAACAUUACAAAUGUACAUGCUUUUCUAUUUAAAAUAAUGCUUUUUAUUGUAGACUUGCUGACUCCUGCUGCUAUUACCAAUGCUAUCUUUUCUUUUUUAUAAUGCUGCUUCACACAUUAUUUAUUUUUGCCAGUUAUAGGACUACAAUGUAAUUUUAGACUAAUACUAUUGUUUCAGUAGAUCAAAUUCAUUAUGCAAAUAUCGUGUUGGUCUUAACAAUA